UUUUCCUCGGGGGUUUCUGUCACAUAUCCUUGGCUCCGUGUGACAGCUGACCGGGAGGCUGUCAUCACAUCCGUCACCUGCGCAAAAAGUCUCUAAAUGGAUUGUAAAUGAUCUUGAUAAAAUAUUUACACCUGACAUCCGAGUGUGUGUGUCAACAUUAGACAUGGAUUCUCCCUGGCUUUGCUGUGUUCCUGUGGGACAACCAACCCAACCCCAGUAGCUAACUGAAAACAACCAGGCAGCCCCACAGACUGCCGUUCUCUUUAUCUCUAUUGGCUGGCUGCCACAGCUUCACCAAUCCUGACUGGCUCUGGCGGAAGCGUGGAUGGAGCCAAGGGAUCUGGUUGGCUCAGCCCGACCCAAAGAGGCGGAGUUACAGGGUGGCAGGGUGGGGCCAAAUGAAGAGUGCCAGGCUGGAGCAAGUGGCAUUGGUUUGUCGUGUGGUGAUGAUGUGAUUACUGGUGCCAUCAGCGAAGGGGAGGGGUUAGAGGAGCAGGGGGAGGGGCUUCUGGAGGAACAAGAAUUCUCCAUCAAGGAAGCCAGUUUCCAGGAAGGAAGUCUAAAACUGAAGAUCCAGACCACCAAGCGUACUAAGAAACCCCCCAAAAGCCUUGAGAACUACAUUUGUCCACCGGAGAUCAGGAUGACAAUCAGACCUCCUAGUGGAGAGGGCAAAACGGGGAGGCAGAGUCGAACAGGAAGUACAGCAGGAGCUGGACGCGGUCUGAAGGAUGAAGAACGAGGUCCACCAAGAAAAAGGACAUACGAGCGCCAGUUCAGAAUGCCUGAACACAGAGAGGGAGGUCUUCUGCAACUACUGGGAGAUCGCACUCCACCCAAACACCAGCUCCGCAGCGCCCUCCUUCAGCCAAACACGCUCUCACAUGUGCAACAAACUCAACUCACCCAUACGCAGCAAUUCCACCAACUCGAUCCGGACUGGAUCACAUCCUCUACAGCACCUUCUGUAUCUCCAGCUAACCAUGCAGACUCAGAUUCAGCCAGGGAUCCAGCAGGAGCCACUCGGGGUUCUUUACUUGAUCCAGUAUCACCAUUUUCUCAAAGAAGCCCCUCUCCUCAGAGAUCCUUGACACCAGAUCUGCAGUUACCAGUUGUUACAGAUGCUAGUAUUCUCAACCUGACUUCUUUAAGCAGGGGGCGGGGCUUGCAAGAGGUCAGUGAGCAACUCUUUGGGAACAUCAAGAGGAAGUAUGGUCGGAAGGACUCCCAAAGGAUGCUGUGCAAUUCCCACAGUGUUGAUACCCCUUGGCGGAGACAGCAAGAGAAAGGAGUGGAGAGCCCAACCAAUUCAGAGGAGAGACAGAAGUACAGGCCAGAGGAGAUGGCUGAGAGGAUUCAUGAAGAAAGAGAGGAGAGGAGAAAAGAGGAAAGAGAAAGUGGAAUUGCAGGAAGGAGAGGAGAGGAUGAGGACAGAGGCAUGUCCAUGCUGGCAGAAGAAGGAAAGGGAAGGAAAAGGCGAAGGAGGCCUUCUUUUGAUGAGUCAUUUAUUGUAGACGAGCAAUCACAGCAAAGGCACGACUCUGACACUAUCGAAAAGAAUCACCCAGUUCCUCCAGAACCCAAAGUAGCACACAAGACAGAGACUCACAAAAAUGAGUCUCGAGUCACAUGUCAGACAGAGAGCACUGGAGAGAGGUCAGAGAAAGCAGAGAGGGUGGAUAAAGAUGAAAAACGAGACCAGGGAGAGAGGGGAAACAUGGCCGAAAGAGUAGAUACAAUUGGAAGUGUGCCUGGUUCCGAAUCAGCUUUAACUACAAAUAGAAUGAAAAAGAAUCCUGCCGGUCGUCCUAAGAUCAGCACAGACACCAUUAAAUACAGAGAGUCAAUUCAAAACCACAUCAACAAACCUAAUCUUACCAUAAACACAAGACUGGCAAGCCCAAGCCCCAGUCCCAGGGCUAAUAUCAGUCCCAGCCCCAGCCCUAAACCCAGAUUUAAUAGUAGCCCCAGUCACAGUCCUAGGUCCAGGGCAACCUUGAGUCCUAGCCCAACUCACAGCACCAGUUCCACAGCUACUGUCAGAAUAACCAAGACCAAGGACAGAUGGUCCUAUCUGAAAGCCAAAAGUCCUGCCAGCCUUACGUCACCCCAUAGGGAAAAUCUCAGCAGCCCAUCAACCUUAGCCGACCCACCUUCAGCUUUCCCUAUCACUCCCUCUAGCCCCCUUUAUACCAAUAUUGACAGCCUGACUGUCCACACACCCAUCAAGAGGAAACGAGGGCGACCCAAAAAACAGCCCCUUCUCACAGUGGAGACGAUCCAUGAGGGCACCUCCACCUCACCCCCAAGCCCGCUAACACAGGAAACGGCAGCAGGGUUGAGCCAUAGGAGGAAAACACUCAUGCUAAAUACAUUAGUUCAAAUGUCCAUGUCAUCCAACAGUGCAAAUUCUAGCAGUCUCCAACUAAAGCGUGGCAGAGGUCAUUCUAAGCCAGUGAAUGUAGUGAAGCUUGGGAAGGUACAGAACAUCUUGAAUGAAAUCCUUUCAAGUUCCGCACAGAAUGGCACUCUGGCAUUGAAGUCAUCCUCCGCCCCAGUUACUACAGCUGUGAGUGCUAUGGCAUCCACCAUUGAGGCUCGGCUUGGAAAACAGAUAAAUGUCAGCAAGAGGGGAACAAUAUACAUCGGAAAGAAGAGGGGGCGAAAACCCAGAGCAGAAACACAAGGCUCCAACCCUCCAAAAGCUGUUCGGGAGAAGCUUACACUGUCUGCCUCCAUGUCCAGUCUCUAUGAGAGCCCUGUAGUGCCUUCAACCACCUCUUCCCCCAGCUCCAUCAUUUCAUCUGUAAGAACUAGCCACCCUGAUGCUGCUAUGCCCAGUCUGCAGCCCAUCUCAGCAUUGCCCACCAAGCUAACUGGAAGAGGCUUCCUCUCUGGUGGAUGGAAACUUUCCCCUCCACGUCUUUUAGCUAAUUCACCCUCCCAUCUGUCUGAGGGGGCAUCAGUGAAGGAGGUGACCCUAUCCCCCAUCAGUGAAUCUCACAGUGAAGAGACAAUACCCAGUGAUAGUGGAAUUGGCACAGAUAACAACAGCACCUCAGAUCAAACUGAAAAAGGCCCUGCCUCACGACGCAGGUACUCGUUUGAUCUGUGCGGCUUUGAAAUGGUAGAGACAACAGCUCCGGAAGCAGCCAGCAGGGGCAGCAGAGCACGCUGUGAACGGCAGGUGGCUGCUGUCAACAACUUUUUGUCACAGCAGGAGAAAAAGCAAAAACAUCAUCGCCGGAAAAAGAAGUGCCUACAGAGCCGGGAUCAUCUACACUUUCUUUCUGAACUGGAGGAGGUUGUGGUCAAGCUCCAGCAACUACGAGUGUCUCACAGACGAUACACCUGCUAUUCACAGCACCCAUAUCCUUCCAUUUUCCGCCUCAACUUUCAUCAUUACUACCCUGUUACCUACGACUCCUAUCCCUGUGAUUCUGGCCCAUAUCUCCGCAGGAGUGCUGAACUAAAAGCUAAGAGAAGACGUGGCCGUCCAGCCAAAGCCAGUGAGCCAAUCACCUCAAAACUGCCUUUUGUUCAAGGAUAUGGUUAUCCGCUGGCAGGGGGAAAUUACUAUGCAGCACCCUAUGCCAUGCCUUACGCACCUCCGCUGAGUCUGGGCUACUUUCCCCCUGCUCCUCCAUUCUACCUGCCUCACCACUCUCUAGGACCUGCACCCCCAUCUCCCUUCAUGAGGCCCACUGUCCCACCUCCAAAGACUUUCCACUCUGGUGGUACACUACAGCCAGGGGCCAAGCUUCGCAGCUCAAAUGGUCCACUCCAAGGAUCUUCUGUACGUGGAGAAGGUCUGGGAUCCCUGGUCACUGGUGGUGCAGGUGGUCUUGCAGGAGUUCGUCUCCAUAAGAGGAAGCACAAGCACAAACAUAAGCACAAGGACGAACCCCUCUUAUCACCACGGGACCGGCAGGAGUUGGGUGCUUUUAGUGGAGCUAAGACCACUGCUCGGCUUAGCAUGUUGAGUGAUAGGAGAGACUUAGCAAGUCAAGGCUCCACAAAGCAUCUAGAGAAGCAGCGGGGUAACAGUAGAGGCUCAAGCCUGGUAUCAAGUUUAGGGAUGUUUGAAUCUGACCAGCUGACCACACACUCUCUUGCUAACAGCCAAUUCCACUCCAGUCUGACCAGACAGCCAAUAAACAGCUUCUUGAGCAGCUACUGUAGCCAAUCACAGCAACCGCAGUCAGCUUCUGACCUCUUCCUAAGUUCAAAGGAGGACACGUGCGAUGGGAUGAGCAGGAAGAGGGGUGUAACUGUGUUUGGAGAUCAGGGCUUAAUGUCAUUCCAAACUGCCAGUCAAGAGUCAGGGCAGAUGACCCAGUGCUCCAGUACUUCACUCAAUGGUGUUCCCGGCAAGCGGAGGUAUAAGCGACGUGAGGUGGAGCAGAUCCAAAAGGAGGUGAAGAGGAUGCGUUCGUUCUCAAAUGUCCUAUCAUCUCAGACGAACUUUGAGCAUGUGCAAAAGAUUCUCCGAGUGAAGCGCCUGCAGAGACAAGCCAAAACAGGAAACAAUGUCAUCAAAAGACGGCCUGGGCGGCCCCGAAAGCAGCCUCUCGAAGAAUCGCACCUCGCCAAUACAAUGGAGGUUCAUACUGAUGGCAGAAGUUUGGACAUGUUGACCAGUAGGAGAUCUAAUGGGAGGACUCUUGGGAUGCCUGUGCUGGAGAGGUGUGACGACGUACUGGGUAGACAAAGCGUAAGACCAGGCUCGAGCACCGACCCUCUGGAGUUCUCCAAUCAUGAUUCCAUCUCUGCAACCAUUGAAACAGUGGUGCAUCAAGCACGUUCUGUGGCUGCACUGGCCAAAGCAGGAAAGCGCAGAGGCAGGGGGUCCAACAGAGAUACGCUAUGGGCGCCUUCAAACCAAUAGAACUGCAGGGGAACUGUGGAUCCCAAUGGAGAGGAUUUAAAGCAGUCAUUGUUUCAAACCUAUCAGAUGCAGUGCCCUUAAUGCUGGGACUUCUCAGUGCACUUUGAUUGCUUCUCCUCUCUGAUUUGUUGUGAAGACCACAAUGGGGGGGAAGAUGGAACAAUAGGAGGGAACACUAUCAGUGCCAUACCUCUUGUUUCCUAAACCCAACCAGAAAUGAACCCCACAAGGACUCAUUAGACCUUCAUUUAAUAUGGCACUAUAUGGUACUAUUUGAUACCGAAUCUAAAGCUAUAAAAGUGUGCGGUACUCAUGAUAGUGUAGGAUACUAUGUGAUACUAUCUGAUACAGUGUUGUGUAUGGUACUUUAUGACACUGUAUCUGAAUGUGGCUUUAGCCAUACAGUAUAUUUACCAGCAAUGGGAAGGGGGAUGAUUAAUAUAAAACUGUGCAGCUCUGCUUAUUUAUGCCUUUCUGAGGAAGCUUUUCAAAGAUGUGGGAUAUUACAGUGGCAAUUAAGCCACCUAAUAAGCCACCUUGCAUUAUGACUUAUCCCUGUUUUCACACCCAUCAGUACCGCCCUUGUUUUCUUGCUCUCUCUGGGGAGCAAAAGAUAAUACACUUCCUGGCAGCUCCUCACACCCCCAGCCCCGCCUUCCACUCGACUUUCACCCAGUUUACCAGCUCGCCCCUGUAUGUGUCACUCAGUUCCAUCUUUCCUUGUCACCUCAUUUACAAGCAGUAUUUUGUAUUUCUUGUCUUGUCCCCUGUUUCCACUUAUUCCUGCCCUCCCUGCUCAGGCCUGACCUGUGCAGAGACAAUAUAGGCAAUAUGGUGGAUGACACUGUCCCAGACUGUACAUAGAAACGAAGUCCACUGUUGCCUGCCUUGUAUAAUGGUAAACCAGCUCAUAGACUUGUACUGGCAUAGAGUAUAUAAACUAGAAUUGUUGUACCUAGACAAUGAAAGGUGUGUAUGUUUUAUAACCAAAACAGACAUGGUGCGACUCAAGACAAGUUUGUUUUCAGACACAAAGAACCACAUGUAUCCAUUCAUAUUCUCAUUAUUGUGUUUGUGUCCAGGAAGGCUUUGCAUACUGGAGGAAUAUCAAGUGUGAUUUCGAUAAACCUUAAAAUUGGUUUAAUGCACUAUUUAAAAACAAAAAACAAACAAACAUACACUUGCAUCAAUCAAAUGAAGCACUUACAUGCUUGUUCCAGCCUUACAUUUUGGCCUUCUAUGGUAUGGAUGUCCAUUCCAGAGAGCAUGCAUUAUUUUUAAUCAAUUUGAAUAUGCAGGCUACGCAGCCAAAAGCGUCAAACCGAAGCCCACGUCUGAAUCAAGAUUGGAUGGUUGAGCUGGAGAAGUCACAUUUUCAGUUUGUACCCGGGAAAUAUUUUUGAAAUCAAAAAUCCUGUAUUUAGAUUUAGAAACCAAAGUCUUACUAUUCCCAGCAAGGAUUUGUUA